AUGGCAGGAAUCAAGCGCAAACCCGAGGUCGAGAUCCCUAUUGCAGAUGAGAAUGAUCUCUUAAAGAUCACCCCUCUAGGCGCUGGUAAUGAAGUAGGACGUUCCUCCAUUUUAUUAGAGUACAAGAGCAAGACCAUCUUGCUUGAUGCUGGUAUUCACCCUGCGUACAAUGGCUUGGCAUCUUUACCCUUUUUCGACGAAAUUGAUCCUGCCAAAAUUGAUCUUUUAUUGGUGACCCAUUUUCACGUAGAUCAUGCUGCAUCUGUACCUUAUUUAAUGGAGAGAACUUCUUUCAAAGGACGUGUGUUUAUGACACAUCCUACAAAAGCUAUUUACAAAUGGCUUUUGAGUGAUUAUCUCCGUGUGAGCAACAUUGGUGAUGAAGACGAACUAUAUAACGAAGAGGAGCUCAACACAUCUUUCCAUCGAAUUGAAGCAGUCGAUUACCAUCAACAAGUAGAAGUGGAAGGUAUCAAGUUCACCGCAUACAACGCAGGUCACGUUUUGGGUGCGGCAAUGUUCUUGAUUGAGAUUGCAGGUGUAAAGGUUCUCUAUACUGGUGAUUACUCGCGUGAGGAGGAUCGACAUUUGAUGGCAGCCGAGAAACCAGAAGGAGCUGUAGAUGUUCUGAUCACAGAAAGUACAUAUGGUGUCCAAAGCCAUGAACCUCGUCUAACAAAGGAAAUGAGAUUUACAUCUCUAGUACAUGAUAUCGUCACUCGCGGUGGUCGUUGUCUGAUGCCUGUGUUUGCUUUGGGACGUGCACAAGAACUCUUGUUGAUUCUGGAUGAAUACUGGGACUCUCACCCAGAAUUAGAUAGUAUUCCUAUUUAUUAUGCUUCUAGUCUUGCCAAGAAGUGUAUGGCGGUUUAUCAGACAUAUAUCAACAUGAUGAACGCACGCAUUCGAAAACAAUUCACAAUCUCAAAUCCAUUUAUCUUUAAGCACAUUUCAAACCUAAAGAAUGUAGAACAGUUUGAAGAUUCUGGCCCUUGUGUGAUGAUGGCCAGUCCUGGUAUGCUUCAGAAUGGUCUUUCGCGUGAACUGUUUGAACGGUGGGCGCCAGACAAGAAGAAUGGCAUGGUUAUUACUGGUUAUUGCGUCGAAAACACCUUAGCACGGAAUGCUAUGAAUGAACCAGCAGACUUUCAAGCCAUGGAUGGUCGCAAGGUUCCUCUUCGAAUGUCUGUUGAUUACAUCUCUUUCUCUGCCCACGUUGAUUAUACUCAGAACAGUAAAUUUAUCGAUGAUGUGAAAGCACCCCAUGUGAUUCUCGUACACGGUGAAGCCAAUGCUAUGUACCGUCUCAAGUCUGCACUUCAAAGCAAAUAUUCAGAAAAAGAAGAAAACGUAAAGAUAUACACUCCCAAAAACUGUGACACCGUCAAGCUUCACUUUAGAGGUGAAAAGAUGGCAAAGACCAUCGGUAGGUUGGCAUCCAAAUAUCCCUCAGAAAAUCAACCUUUGAACGGAAUUCUGGUUUCAAAGGAUUUCCAAUUGAACAUCAUGUCUGCCGAAGAUUUGAACGAACUCGGAGGUCUUAUCACAACAGUGGUAACCCAGCGCCAGGUUGUACCAUUUAACGCAGGAAUUGGUCUUCUCAAGUGGCAUCUGGAGAUGAUGUUUGGUGCUGUAGGCGAAACAGAUCUUUCAAAGACUGUCAAUACCCCAGGAAAUGUCAUCCGUGUAUUUGAUACUGUUGAUAUCAAAAAGGUGCCCAGUAAGCCUAACCAAGUGACACUUGAAUGGAUCGGAAACUCUAUGAAUGACAUGGUCGCAGAUUCUGUGCUGGCUAUCAUUUUGGCUAUUGAUAGCUCUCCUGCAAGUGUAAAAGGUACGAAUAUUAAAUAA